AUGGCGAGUCAUGCAACACAAGGCGACAGCGCCAACAGCGAUCCAUUCGGACAUCUGCCGCAUCAUGAAGCCCUCAUUCUCAGGAGGCAACUCGAGAAACCUGAUGCGGCAAAGGCCACCUGGUCGUCGUUGUUCCGCUUUGCCUCGCGGCAAGACAUGGUUAUCAUUGCUGUCAGCUCCAUCUGUGCCAUUGCUGCAGGAGCCGCCGUGCCAUUGAACACCGUCAUCCUAGGCAGUCUUGCUGGAGCUUUCCAGGACUUCACGAAUGGUAUCUCCAGAUCGGAGUUCGAUGCCCGCGUCAAUCGACAGACGCUAUACUUUGUCUACCUGGCAGUUGGCGAGUUUUUCACCAUCUAUAUUGCUACUAUCGGCUUCAAAUACACAGGGGAGAGCAUUACCAGAAAAAUCAGGGAACAGUAUCUCAAAGCGCUCUUGCGACAAAACGCGGCAUUUUUUGAUCAGCUAGGUCCAGGCGAAAUCAUUACACGCAUCUCAGCUGAUACCAAUGUGGUUCAAGAGGGUUUGUCCGAGAAGAUCGAACUGGCACUGUCAGCGAUAUCCACAUUCAUUGCCGCGUAUGUCGUUGGCUUUGUCAAAUACUGGAAGCUGACACUGAUCAUGACUUCAAUGACUCCCGUUAUGGUACUUCUCAUGUACGGCCUGAAAGAAUACGUCGUCAAGUAUACCAAAUUGUCUUUGGCUGCGCACGGCCAGGGGGUUGUUGUCAUCGAAGAGGCUCUCAGCUCUAUACGGACUGUGACUGGAUUCGGAACACAAGAAAGCCUAGCCAAGGAGUACAAUAAGAGCUUAGAUCGGGCACAAGCGUUCGGACUGCGUGCCAAAUGCAUUAUGGCAUCUGGGGUAGGCGCUUUGAUAGGCAUCUUCAACCUGGGAUAUGCACUCGCUUCUUGGAUGGGCAGCAAGUACAUUAUCAGUGGCGAGACGAAUCUUCCAGCCGUCUUCACUAUCCUUCUCGUGCUCAUGCUGGGAUCCUUUGCCCUGGGGAAAGCUGUACAGCACAUUCAAGCAUUUGUCGAAGCUGCAGGUGCCGCUUCAGCGAUUUAUGCAACCAUCGACAGAGUCCCGCCAUGGGGCGAGCAUACAAACCAGGGAAAAGUCAUGGAAAAGGUAGAGGGUCAUAUCGAGCUUCGAAAUGUGAAACACAUCUACCCCUCGCGGCCUGAUGUUGUGGUUAUGCAGAACCUCAGCCUCAACAUUCCUGCUGGACACACUGUAGCAAUAACCGGGCCAUCAGGCUCAGGGAAGAGCACCAUUGUCGCUCUCCUGGAGCGUUUCUAUAGCCCGGUAUCCGGCGAGUUGCUCCUUGACGGGUGCAACAUCGAGGAUGCGGACUUGCACUGGCUACGACAACAGAUUGGACUAGUCUCCCAAGAUCCCAAUCUGUUCUCGGGCACGGUAGAGGACAACAUUCUUCACGGCCUCAGAGGUGCGGCGAUAACUGGAGAGCACAGCAAAAGAUAUCUGGCGGAAAAGGCAGCUAGGCUCGCAGAUGCACAUGAAUUCAUCAUGAUGUUAACAAAAGGCUACGAUACUUUCAUUGGAGAGCGAGGGUCCUCUCUGAGUGGUGGUCAGCGACAGCGGAUCGCCAUCGCACGAGCCGUGGUGAGCGACCCGAAGAUCUUGCUCCUCGAUGAAGCCACGAGUGCGUUGGACAGCAAGACCGAAGAAGUGGUACAAGCUGCGCUCGAGCGAGCAGCUCAAGGUCGAACAACCAUCAUCAUCUCACACCGCAUGAGUACCAUCAAGAACGUCGAUACCGUCGUCGUCAUGGCAGCGGGCGGUAAGAUUGUGGAGCAAGGUACUUACGAAGACCUCUUGGCCGCGAAGGGUGCCUUCUACGAGCUCGUGGAGGCUCAGAACAUGGCACAAAAUACUAAAUCAACAGGUGUGGACUGGGACGAGAAGGCCAACCCCUGGCCAUAUGAAGCAGCAGGAGGAGAAAAGGCCUUGGACCUCCAGUCUGUCCGCAAGAUAUCGCUCGACAGUCUCAGCGAUGCUGACGCUGUCCCUGUUGAUGACUCCGCUACUACCAUAGAGAAGCCUCGACGGAAGGCUUCACUCUGGUCGCUCAUCCAGUUCACCUGCUCCAUGAACCGAAAAGAGUGGAAAGUUAUGCUGCUCGGAAUCAUAGCGUCCAUUGUGUCCGGAGCGGGAGAACCUGUACAGUGUGUGAUCCUGGCGAAAGCCAUUGUGACACUCUCGCUGCCUCCCUCCCAGUACCUACGACUUCGUUCCGACAUUGCAUUGUGGAGUGGCAUGUUCGUCAUGAUCGCAUUCGUGAUGCUGGCUUGUUCGACAGUACUCGGUCUGUCGUUCGCUUAUGGCAGUGAACGUCUCAUCCACCGCAGUCGAGACCAAGCUUUCCGAUCCAUUUUACGUCAAGAUAUAACAUUCUUCGAUCGUCCAGAGAACACGGUCGGGUCGUUGACGUCGUUUUUGAGUACAGAGACUACACAUCUUGCGGGAAUGUCAGGCCUUGCCCUCGGGACCAUAUUUCAAUUACUAGCGACUCUCAUCAUUGGGUACAUUGUGGCUCUGGCAGUCGGAUGGAAACUGGCACUAGUUUGCAUUGCCACAGUACCGAUCCUCCUGCUGGCCGGCUUCCUCUCCAUCUACAGCAUGUCUCGUUUCGAGGCGCAUCUCAAGGAUGCCUAUCGAGAAAGUGCCUCAUAUGCCUGCGAAGCCACGUCUUCCACGAAAACUAUUGCCGCCCUGACGCUCGAGAAUGAAGUGUGGCAGAAAUAUCACAACCUUCUGGUUGCGCAGGCAUCUCGAAGCUUUCGAUUCAAUGUCAAAUCCAGUGUGCUCUACGCCGCAAGUCAGAGCCUGGGUUUUCUAUGCAUGGCUCUCGCGUUCUGGUACGGCAGUAGCUUGAUUGGGACCUACUCCCUGGAGCAAUUCUACCUGGUCUUCUUCCUCGUCAUCUUCGGCACACGCUCAGCGGCAAACAUGUUUUCCCUCGCCCCCAACAUGGCAAAAGCAAAAGUGGCAGCUGCCGAGUUGAAGACUUUCUUCGAACAAACUCCCGCUAUCGACGUAUGGAGCUCAGAUGGCGAUGUCCUAGACCAUCUCCAAGGCUCGAUCGAGUUUCGAGAUGUGCAUUUUGCGUAUCCAACAGGACAGCCAGUCCUGGCAGGCUUGAACUUCAAGGUACAACCGGGCCAAUAUGUCGCCCUCGUCGGCGCUUCUGGCUGUGGCAAGUCCACGACCAUUGCUCUCUUGGAGCGGUUCUAUGACCCUACGAAUGGAACCAUCUACGUCGAUGGCAAAGACAUCACCACUCUUCACCUCAGCUCAUAUCGAAAACAUAUCGCGCUCGUACUGCAGGAGCCGACUCUCUACCAAGGCACGAUUCGUCAAAACUUGCUACUCGCAAUCAACCGACAAGACGAAGAAGAUGAAGAAGAAGACGAAAAAGGAAAAGCAAAAUCACAAAACAUGACAACCAUCGUCCCCGAAGAAAAACUCAUCCAAGUCUGCAAAGAAGCCAAUAUCUACGACUUCAUCACCUCUCUCCCUGCAGGGUUCGACACGGUAGUCGGUAGUAAAGGCUGUAUGUUAUCGGGAGGUCAAAAGCAGAGAAUUGCCAUUGCGCGAGCCUUGCUCCGAGAUGCCAAGAUCUUGCUGCUCGAUGAAGCGACUUCUGCGCUCGAUAGUGAAUCCGAGGGCGUGGUGCAGAAGGCUCUGGACGCUGCGGCAAGAGGGCGGACGACGAUUGCGGUGGCGCAUCGUCUGUCUACAGUUCGGAAUGCCGAUGCUAUUUUGGUCUUUGAUAAUGCUGAUGGGAAAGGGGGAAGGAUUGUGGAGAGCGGGACCCAUGCGACGUUGAUGGCGUUGCGUGGGAGGUACUUUGAGCUGGUGCAGUUGCAGAGUUCGGAGAGCAACGAGGAAGUAGUUACCUAG